AUGUCAUCAUCCUCUUCUUCUAACUACAGCUAUGAUAAUCUGACUUGGGAGCAAUUUGAAGAGUAUCACAAUCCAUUGCGCAACUUCAAUCGUCCCGAUCGAGUAUCUUCAACUGCAUCAAGCGCACAUUCAUCUACACCAUCUCAAAGUCCAACUGAUUUCGAAGUUCCGCAAUUUACCUAUGAUGAACAACAAUUGAGGUGAGUAUUUUUUCAAUUUUUCUUUUUGUAAAUGUAGGAGUUUCUAGAAAAAAAAAUGAAUUUUCAGCAGUGGCGGCGGAAAGGCUCAACGCUGCAAAGUUCCAUCGGCCCAACUCGUUCAAGAGCGCAGAAGUGCAGCCAAUGAACGCGAAAGAAAACGUGUCAACACAAUGAAUGCUGCUUAUGAUCAGGUAAGAAAUUUUCUCCAAAAUUUUUUUUUCAUACUUCAAAAUUGAAUCGUUUUCAGCUUCGUCAAGUUCUUCCCAAUGGAGGCAAUUCUGACAAGAAAUUAUCAAAAUUCGAAACUCUUCAAAUGGCUCAACGAUACAUUGCACACUUGCAGCAGCUUCUUCGUCAAAGCGACUCUCCAUCUCAAUCAAAUUCUUCAUCUGAAUUAAGCUCUCCAUCUGACAUUGAGCUCGACGAAAUUUUCCAACAAUACAAUUGUUAA